AGGCUGUAUCUUUGAAUAAAAGCAGCACUACUUCCAGAUAUAAUAGACAACACCAACACAAUGCCAGUGCGUAUGUUCAAAGCUCCAGUGUCUCUCAGCUGUGACGACAACUGAUGAAAAACCCUGUACACAGCCCUAGUGAUACCUACCCACAGCCAAGGUCUCGUUUCCUUUUAGCCCACAGUCAGUGGUGUAUACUGUGAAUGAUGCAUUGUGGGAUGAAAUAAGAUGCCGGCAGACAGGAGCUGGAGAAAAACGCUUGCAACACACGGGGAGGCUGCAGCUCAGCCAAUGGCAGGGUGCAGCAUGUAGCAGAGGGGCGGGGAGCUGUUGGAGCACAGCAGAGAGAGCCAACCUACCUACAUGCUUAUUGUGUAAAUCUUUAAAAAGCAAUUAGCCGCAGCAUCAUCUAAACCUCCCCCCUUGCCUGGGUGAAAUACAUAUAUUUUUUGGGGAAAGAAGUGUUUCCAUUCGGCUCCAGAAAAGGCAGGCACCAUCAUCAUCCUCAACCAUGACUGACAGGAAAGCUGUGAUCAAAAACGCAGACAUGUCCGAGGACAUGCAGCAGGACGCGGUGGACUGUGCCACCCAGGCCAUGGAGAAGUACAACAUAGAGAAGGACAUUGCAGCCUAUAUCAAGAAGGAAUUUGACAAGAAGUAUAACCCCACCUGGCACUGCAUCGUCGGGAGGAACUUCGGCAGCUACGUCACCCACGAGACAAAGCAUUUCAUUUACUUCUACUUGGGCCAAGUGGCCAUCUUGCUCUUCAAGUCUGGCUGAGAAGUUUCUGAUGGGUGUUGAGGAGUUUUUCUCCCUGAACCUAAAUCGGAAAUGCACUGGUGGCUGAUGUCUCCCAUACACUAAUAACGACAUACCAUAACGAUGCAAACCCGGCCGUGCGCAAUUGCAUGGACUAUACACUAUUUAAUAUGUAUGUUACAGUAAGUUUACUUUUCGAUAGUUGCCAUUUGAAUGCAACUUAAGUAGUUUUUGUUGAUGCUGUUAAAUUCUAGGUUGUAAAAGAUUUCAACGUGGCCCUUGAUUGUAAAAUAAAGGAAAGCUGUAGAAUGUAGUGGUGCAUCUGCUUUCCUUCACAAGUGGCAUUGCCAGACCCUGUUAUGAGACUCCAUCUGUCGGUUUAGAUGGUAAAAUCAUACUGCGUGCACCAGUUUAACAAUUCAUCAAGAUUCUAAUAUGUGAUCAUGAAAAGAGGUUGGUUAAUGGGGCAAAAUAGUCUUUUCACAUGACAAGCUACUUCAUGGCCUUCCUUUGGUUU